CAAUCACAUAUAUGUAAUUACAUACGAUAUUUACAAAUCGAUGAUGUGGUGUGAACGAAACGAAAAAUCGUUCUUCACUUGAAAGAAUUUCGCUGACAGUGAAGUGCUUUUCACCGCUUUGAAAACAUUUCGUAUAGAGGGAAUGAUUUGCAGCCAAAGUCUCUGUCGUUGCUAACGGUAACCUCAUAAUGUUUGAUUGAGCUCCAUUAUCUGAAGACAGGCUUUUGCCUUCACCUGCGGUGAAUGGGUUAGACCCGCGACCAGCAUUUGUAUCACUGGAACAAAAUGUCCGCUGGCGGGCUUAAUGCUAUUUCCUUUUCACUGUCAGAGUGAACUUUGCAGGUACUCAAAUUCUUCAGUGUCAGGAAAAGGCAUCCGUCUGUACGAUUCGUCUGCUUGACACUUUGAGGCUUCUUUUUGAAGCAGAAAGAAGGUUGUAGGCGUGAAGUUUGAACAGCGGUAUGCUAUCAACCUGCUCAAUCGAAUAGACAAUGAAUAGAAAGAACCCACCUACCUUCAGUCAUUUUGUUGACCGACUUCUUUGAGCUUCUACUAACAAGGAAGCGUCGUUGUGAAUUGACCGUGAAUAUCGAAGCUUGUACAACGGUCAUUGUAUCCCUUUUCCUCUUAUCAGCUCGGGUUCCAUAGAGAUUGGGUCAAUAACCAUCACGACUCUCAGCUGCGCUCUCCAAAGAGCUAGGUAUUCACUGUCAAUCAUCGAAGAAGGUAAAUUUGAAAUAUCCAUGAUCUUGGUCAUUUAGUGAUGACUAUUUUCGUUGAAGCUUUCGUGAUUGCAUCCUUCGGUGGAUAUUAUAUUAUCAAGCGAAAGACUUAUUGAAAAAGUGGGAAGCAUUUAUUUACAUGACAAUAUGGCCAGCCCUAUAUAUGUCAACUUGGCGUAUCGAGGAACGCACCACGUAAACUUGAAACAUGUUGAAGUUCGUUUCCACUCACCGGCCUUCCUGCAUGUGGACACGCAGAACAAACAUUUUGGGAAUUCACUUCAGCGAUCACAUUUUUUACUCGGGCGGCCUUCUUGCUGUCUGCCAUAUUUACUCAUUCGUCGCGGACAUCAUGGUUGAUCUGAGAGCGCAAGAAUCCCAAGCCCAGCAGCAGCCGGUACGAUCGGGGGCUCGCCAAAGCCGCAUUCCGGCAACUUUGCAGGCCGUCUUCUUGGCAUCGAACCGCGGCAAAACCGUAGAGGGACCCCCACCAGAACAAGUUGCCAACAGAACUUUCUUUCGCAACUGGUUUCUUCAAAAGCAAACAAAAUCAAGCAAGAAAGAUUCCAGCAUGAAGGUCAAGAAGAACAAGAGAGAUGAUAUUUCGUCCAAUCCUGUUCAGGGUUCCGAAACGUCGAUGAACACUCUCUUUGUCAAGUACCUCACUUUUCGGAAAAAUGUAAUCUUGGAGAGCAAGUCGCAGUUACCAAUCCCUUUCAAAGAGCUUGAGGAAGGUUCAACUGUAUCGCCCCAGGCUUUCCUGGACACUAUGAUUAGCGCCCGUGGAUAUUCCACGGCAAGGUUUGAAACGUUGCACACAGCCUAUUACAACAUGCCUACUCCUUUGCAGCAAGCUUCCUAUGACGUCUAUCUCAUCGAAGUUGUCAAGAAGGGCGGUAUGGAGACGCUCCGAUCCCUCAUGAAAUCAGGAAUUUCCCCAAAUCCAUGCAAUAAGUUUGGGGAAAGCCUGUUGCAUACUGUUUGUCGUCUUGGAAACGUGGAUGCAUUGCGGGUCAUGUUAGAAUGUGGGACGAGCCUGCAGGUUUCCGACGAUUACGGUCGGACACCCUUGCAUGACGCCUGUUGGGCUGUCAAGCCCGCCCUGACCGUUGUUGAUGUCAUCCUCAGUCACGAUCCAAACCUUCUCUAUCUCGAGGAUUCUCGAGGGGCCCUACCGCUCUCGUACAUACGCAGGGAGCACUGGUGUGCAUGGAUUCCCUACUUCAGAGCCCGAAAGGACAUGUACUGGCCAGACUUGUCGGGUCACGGAAUGCCACCGCGUGAGCAGUCACCACCAGCCUUGUUCAUGGAAAGACCCUUCAGCGCUCCUCUACCGGAUCCCGCGAAUGCUUUAACCUGCGAAUUGGCCAAACUGGUCGCUUCGCGCCAGAUGCUACCGGGGGAAGCGCAAUUUUUGAAAUAUAGUAUGAUGGAGGAAGAAGGUUCCUAUAGAAGCGACACUGAGAGCGAAGAGUUUGAAGGAUCGGAUGAUGAUGAAAGUGGCAGCGACAGUGAGCUCGACAGUGACGAAUUCGAUGAUGAAGACGAAGAUGGGAGUUAUUAUAGUCUGGAAGAAGAUGAAAUGGCGGACAUUCUCAGUACGUUGACGGCACGGGCGGUGCCGUCGAAAGAGGAUAAAACAGCAACGGGACAACAGAAAUAUUUGUUUUCCCAUACCAGCACACCAAGAAAUGACACCGUACCUCUACUAAAGGUGUGUGUCAGGGGACUCUAACACUUAAGCUAACAAAUGUGAAAACAUGCAUAAUAACCAAAAACCAAAUGCGUUUGGUCAAUCUAAACG